AUGGCGUGGAAGGAGCCACUGCAUGGCUUAGCUGCAGCAAUUUACGAUUCUCAUCGUAGUUUAGAGAGACAAUUCGUGACUCUCACUACAGUGGCUCUGGUACUCUCUGUGGCGGUGAUGGCGGCGGCCAGGGCGGCCCCUCAGGGCUACGGCGUCCCAGGUAUUGGUGGGUCUGGAGGAUCCGGGGACCAGUAUGCCUCUGCCCCCGCCAACUACAAUUUCCAGUGGGAAGUCAGCGAUUCUACUUCAGGCAAUGACUACGGCCACGGGGAGCAAGCAAGCAACGGGGUCGUCCAGGGCAGUUACUACGUGAGGCUGCCAGACACUCGUCUCCAGAAUGUGGAGUACACCGCUGACGGCUCCGGCUACCACCCCGUCGUCACCUACGAAGGCCAGGCCCAGUUUGGCGGCGGAGGUGGAAAGGGAUCUGGUCAAGCCGGAGGCUACUACCCCUAGUCCGCAGAAGUGGAGAGGGAUCUUCUGGUUAAAUCGGAGACUACUUGCCCCUAGUCAGCAGCGGUGGUGGACAGGGAUGUUUUGGUCAAGCCUGAGGCUACUUCCACGCCUAGUCCUGCAGUACGAGUCUUCGGAGCUGCCUUAACCGUACUCCUGCUUUUAAUAUUUCACAUUGAAAACUUGUGAACAAUUAUCUUCCUGUAAGUCAAGCUGGU